AUGGAUAAAAUCGGCGGCCUUCUUGAGAUAUUAGCAAGCAAACCACAUGAGAUAGAUCCAACUGAAUUUUAUGACAUUCUCAAGUUAUUCAACUCUACGAAUCAGCAAGAUUUGCUUUUAGUCACAUUUUUAACAAAGGCAUGCCUUGAUUUUGCAUUGAAAAAUCUGUACAAUUUUAGUGUUGAUGAAAUAUUCAAGAUCAUUUGGAAUAACGUUUGUUUGUAUCAUAUUCCAUAUCAAUUACAUCUUGAAAGAUACUUAGAAGCAACAACUAAUGAAGAAACAUACAAAAUAAUUACAGAUUUCAAGAAUAGAGCACAAAAGUGA